AUGAGCCAGUUCGACCUACACGCAGUAACGCGCAAGACUUAUGCGAUUCCCAGACAAAAGUACUGGGACCGUGACUAUGUUCAGGCCCUCGAGGACCAGGUCCGGCUGCUCUCCGCCUCCCUCCAGCAGCAGUCCAAAGACUCCUCCUCCGCCUCCGCCUCCGCCUCUCCGGCAAGCCAGCCAUCACCAGGGUCCUGGACGGCAGCCGCCGGCAAGCAACCGCCGCAGCCGCAGCUCCCGUACGGGCCAAAGAUGCUCUCGGCCCUGCACGACUUCGGCUCCGUCAAGUGGGCCGACAUCACCGGCCGGGACGGCCUCCCGAUGCUCGCCGGCCCGGGCCGCUUCUCCUUCUUCUCGCACACCCUGCUGCCGACCUUUGAAGACGGCUCGUCACGGCCCUCGCCGCCCCCCAAGGCGACGGUGCCCUCCACGGAGACGUUCCUCCUCGAGAUCGCGUCCGACCUGGGCCUGAAGCAGCACCUCAAGGCGCACUUCCUCGAGCACAUCAACCCCUACUACAAGUUCGUCGACCCCGUCUGGCUCAACUUCUCGGACCUGUUCCCCCACAACGACACGGCGCUGCAGCUGCUCUACAGCGCCCUCUUUGCCGCCGCCGCGUACUCCUCGCCCGUGGCCACCAGGGGCGUUGCCGAGGCGUUCAUGGCGUAUGCCGAGGGCCUGGUGCAGCAGUGCUAUCUGGAGCAUUUGUGCUUGCCCGUGCUGCAGGCCUUGAUUGUCAUUGCGUGGUAUAAGCACAUGCUGCUGGAUGCGGCCAAGGGGCAUCUGUAUCACUAUAUGGCCAUUGGGCUGUCCAACCAUCUGAAGAUCAGGGACAUACCGCCACACGAGCGAACCGUCAGCGACGUUGCCACCAUCAGGACCUUUUGGUCUCUAUUCUUCCUUGACCGAAUCGCGACCCCAAAGCUGGGCUGUCCAACCGGCAUCCCUUGGGAGCCCGACAACAUCACGCCCUACAUCGACACAGUCUCCCCGGAACUGGUCGACGUGGCAGCCCUCUCCUUUGACCACCACUGCCGCCUCUACCACAUCCAGCAGCGCUACAUCGACGUCAUGUACGCCCCCAACUUCCACCACCUCCCCGCCCCCGAGAAGCAAGCCAUCUACGCAAAGGCAAACAACGCCAUGCUCGCCCUCCGCAAGCACAUCGACCGUCGCCUCUACAUCAGCCGCAACGCCAAGCCGCACCGCGUCCAGGUCGUCUUCUGGAUCACCUACCACUCCAUCCUCAUCAACCUCUACCGACCCGUCCUCGACCCGCAGGACCCCGGCAUGGCGCACAACAUCCCCAGCGCGCUGCGCUCGGCCACGGCGUCCGCCAUGGCCAUCACGAGGCUCCUCAAGGGCCUGCAGGCGUCGGACGACGUCAAGCAUCUGCCCCCCUUCAUCAUAUACCAUGUGUUUCGCGCGGCGCUGGUGCAUGGGCUCAAUCUUAUUGCGGCGGAGGAGGCGGGGGGACAGAGGGUGUCGUCGGGGAACUUUUGGGCUUGCUUUCGCGUGCUGGGGGAGCUGAGUGGUGUUUGGAAGGAGUUGUCUGAGGGGGCGAUGCCGUUUGUGCUCAUGGCUACGAGGGGAUGGGGGUUUCAGGAGGAGGUCAUGAGCGUGAACAAGGCGGCUGAUGAAGAUGAGGAGGAUGGUGAUGAUGAUGAUGGCUUUGAGGCGGGAAUCGAUGACCUUGUUGGGCAAGUCGAGGGAGGUCAGUAUGGAAGUAUUUCUUGA